CAAGGUGCGUUGAUUAAAAGCCAAAGAUGGGUGAACUCUUUAACUGAACUGAGAGCCUUAAACCCUCGUAUCUUUUUGACACUCUGCAGAAGAUAAGCCUGGUUUUCCUGUAACUCAACCAUGUCCCUCCUCAUCAAAUCUCUCCCUCUUCUGUCUCUGCGCGCCACAAGAACUUUCUCUUUCUAUCUCUUCAAACCCUCUGCAACAAAAAUACUUCCACAAAACAACAGAAUUUUCUCCUCCGUUUCUGCUUCCGAUGAAACUGCCACCAACACCACUGCUCUCAAGCCACAACUGCCUCACAAGGACGCUCUCGAAUGGGUCUCACGCACCGGGUUCUGCGGGGAGUUAACGCCAGAUGAUGUGGGUAAACGGGUUAGGCUUUGCGGGUGGGUCGCCUUCCACCGGGUCCAUGGUGGCCUCACUUUUCUUAAUCUCAGAGAUCACACCGGUAUUGUCCAGGUCACAACGCUGCCUGACAAGUUUCCUGAUGCUCAUUCCACCAUGAAUGAUUUGAGGUUGGAAUAUGUGGUUGCUGUGGAGGGUGUGGUUCGAUCUCGGCCAAGUGAGUCAGUUAAUAAGAAAAUGAAGACUGGCUUCGUUGAGGUGGCUGCAGAGGAUGUGCAGGUAUUGAAUUCUGUGAAAUCAAAGUUGCCCUUCCUAGUUACUACUGCUGAUGAUGCAAAAGAUUAUGCAAAAGAGGAGAUUCGCUUGAGAUACCGUUGCCUUGAUUUACGCCGGCAACAAAUGCAUUAUAACAUAUUGUUGCGGCAUAGUGUGGUAAAACUCUUUCGAAGAUAUCUGGAGGAUGUACAUGGCUUUGUGGAGAUUGAGACUCCAAUACUCUCUAGGUCUACUCCGGAAGGUGCUCGGGAUUAUUUGGUUCCCUCAAGAGUUCAGCCAGGAACAUUCUAUGCUUUGCCUCAAAGUCCACAACUCUUUAAGCAAAUGUUAAUGGUCUCAGGUUUUGAUAAAUAUUAUCAAAUAGCAAGGUGCUUUAGAGAUGAGGAUCUAAGAGCAGAUAGACAGCCUGAAUUCACUCAACUUGAUAUGGAAAUGGCUUUCACUCCUUUGGAGGACAUGUUGAAGCUCAAUGAAGAUAUGAUUAGAAAGGUAUUUACGGAGAUUAAAGGUGUCCAGCUACCAAACCCUUUCCCAAGGCUAACAUAUGCUGAAGCAAUGAGUAGAUAUGGUUCGGAUAGGCCAGAUACUAGAUUCAGUCUUGAGUUGAAUGAUGUAUCAGAUCUUUUCUUAGAGUCUCCCUUCAGAGUUUUCUCAGAUACCUUGAAAAAUGGGGGAAUCGUCAAGGCACUAUGUGUCCCUUCUGGUGCUAAAAGUUAUUCAAACACAGCGCUUAAGAAAGGCGAUAUUUACAAUGAAGCAAUAAAGUCUGGAGCAAAGGGUUUACCUUUCCUGAAGGUUAUUGAUGGUGGAGAGUUUGAGGGAAUUGCUGCACUAGUAUCAAGUUUGAAUCCUACAAAUAAAGAGCAAUUGCUGAAACGAUGCUCUGCAGGACCAGGUGAUCUAAUCUUGUUUGCAGUGGGUCAUCCUGCAUCAGUUAAUAGAACUCUGGACCGGCUUAGAAUGUUUUUUGCCCAUGAGUUGGGCUUAGUUGAUCAGUCCAAGCAUUCAAUUCUAUGGGUGACUGAUUUUCCAAUGUUUGAAUGGAAUGAACUGGAGCAGAGGUUUGAGGCCUUGCAUCAUCCAUUUACUGCACCAAACCCUGAAGACAUGGAAAAUCUCUCCUCUGCUCGUGCCCUUGCUUAUGACUUGGUUUACAAUGGAGUUGAGAUUGGUGGAGGAAGUUUGAGAAUUUAUAAACGCGAGAUCCAACAAAAAGUUUUAGGAAUUGUUGGCAUCUCACCUGAACAGGCUGAAGCAAAGUUUGGUUACCUUUUAGAGGCUUUAGACAUGGGUGCUCCGCCUCAUGGAGGCAUUGCUUAUGGUUUAGACAGACUGGUUAUGUUAUUGGCCGGCGCAAACUCCAUCCGGGAUGUCAUAGCAUUCCCAAAGACAACAACUGCUCAGUGUGCCCUUACUAGAGCUCCAUCAGAGGUGGAUCCUCAGCAGCUUAAAGAACUUUCAUUUCAGACCCAGUAGUCAUCUGCAGUUACCCUUCACAUUGCCUGAUCUGAAGAGAUAAUUUGAUUCAGUCGCUUGUGACUAUGGUUCAUCAAAAUAAGUUAGCAGCUGCUUUAAAAUUCAAUGUCAAAAUUAUGUAAAAACCAGCCCACAUUAUUUUAUAAAUUAUUAAAAUGAUUAGAUGGCAAUGUUUCCA